CCGGCAGGCUCGCGGCGGGCAGCGGGGGCCUGGACAGCCGGCCGGACUUGCUGGCUGGCUGCCUGUUUGGUUGGCUGUGGUCUGUGUUGGCGAUCGCUCCCGGUUUCCAGUAGGAUCUCUUGGUGGCUGAGCAAGUUUGUGACCCAGGAAAUAGGAGCGAAAUGUCCGGGAUGCAGCCUCGAGGCUGGUGUGUGUUCUGAGGCCUUCAUGUUGCGCAGGAGACGUCAUGCAGAGCAUUUAGUGGGGGCACCGGUCACAGUGAGCCCAGCUUUCCAGCGUUGCUGUCUGACCGUCCACUGCUGCCUGGAGCCAGGUCCACUCAUCCGUGAGCACCCAGCACUGGACCUCCUCGUGGGCACUUGCUGAGGGGACCUCUCCUGCCAGGUCCCAGAGCAGCGCUGCCCACCAUGGACCCAGACCCCCAGGCGGGCGUGCAGGUGGGCAUGCGCGUGGUGCGGGGCGUGGACUGGAAGUGGGGCCAGCAGGACGGCGGCGAGGGCGGCGUGGGCACUGUGGUGGAGCUCGGCCGCCACGGCAGCCCCUCGACCCCGGACCGCACUGUGGUCGUGCAGUGGGACCACGGCACCCGCACCAACUACCGCGCAGGCUACCAGGGCGCGCACGACCUGCUGCUCUACGACAACGCCCAGAUCGGCGUGCGGCACCCCAACAUCAUCUGUGACUGCUGCAAGAAGCAUGGGCUGCGGGGCAUGCGCUGGAAGUGCCGCGUCUGCGCGGACUACGACCUGUGCACGCAGUGCUACCUCAACAACAAGCACGACCUGGCCCACGCCUUCGAGCGCUACGAGACGGCCCACUCCCGCCCGGUCACACUGAGUCCCCGCCAGGGCCUCCCAAGGAUCCCAUUGAGGGGCAUCUUCCAGGGGGCAAAGGUGGUGCGGGGCCCCGACUGGGAGUGGGGCUCACAGGACGGAGGGGAAGGGAAGCCAGGCCGAGUAGUGGACAUCCGUGGCUGGGACGUGGAGACAGGCCGGAGCGUGGCCAGCGUAACGUGGGCCGAUGGCACCACCAAUGUGUACCGUGUGGGGCACAAGGGCAAGGUGGACCUCAAGUGUGUGGGCGAGGCGGCCGGCGGCUUCUACUACAAGGAGCACCUCCCGAGGCUGGGCAAGCCCGCAGAGCUGCAGCGCCGGGUGAGUGCUGACGGCCAGCCCUUCCAGCCCGGGGACAAGGUCACGUGUCUGCUGGACACAGACGUCCUGAGGGAGAUGCAGGAAGGCCAUGGCGGCUGGAACCCCAGGAUGGCAGAGUUUAUCGGACAGACGGGCACCGUGCACCGCAUCACGGACCGUGGGGACGUGCGUGUGCAGUUCAGCCACGAGACCCGCUGGACCUUCCACCCGGGGGCUCUCACCAAGCACAACUCCUUCUGGGUGGGCGACGUGGUGCGGGUCAUGGACGACCUGGACACGGUGAAGCGGUUGCAGGCCGGGCACGGCGAGUGGACCGAUGACAUGGCGCCUGCCCUGGGCCAAGUCGGGAAGGUGGUGAAGGUUUUCGGAGACGGGAACCUGCGUGUGGCCGUCGGUGGUCAGCUGUGGACCUUCAGCCCCUCUUGCCUGCUGGCCUACCGGCCUGAGGAGGACGCCAACCUGGAUGUGGCUGAGCGCGCCCGGGAGAACAAAAGCUCCCUGAGUGUGGUCCUGGAUAAGCUUCGAGCCCAGAAGAGCGACCUGGAGCACCCAGGGCGGCUGGUGGUGGAGGCGGCCCUGGGCAACGUGGCCCGGGCUCUGGACCUGCUGCGGAGGCACCCCGAGCAGCAGGUGGACACCAAGAACCAGGGCAGGACGGCCCUGCAGGUGGCUGCCUACCUGGGCCAGGCGGAGCUGCUGCGUCUGCUGCUGCAGGCCCGGGCGGGCGCGGACCUGCCCGAUGAGGAGGGCAACACGGCUCUGCACUACGCAGCCCUGGGGAACCAGCCCGAGGCCGCCCGCUUGCUCCUGGCUGCGGGGUGCCAGGCCAAUGCUCUGAACGGCACCCGGAGCACAGCGCUGCACGUGGCCGUGCAGAGGGGCUUCCUGGAGGUGGUGAGGGCCCUGUGUGAGCUGGGCUGUGACGUCAACCUGCCAGACGCCCAGGCUAACACGCCCCUGCACUACGCCAUCUCCGCGGGCGCCGGCGCCAGUGGCAUUGUGGAGGUCCUCACAGAGGUGCCGGGCAUCGACGUCACCGCCACCAACAGCCAGGGCUUCACCUUGUUGCACCACGCGUCCCUUAAGGGCCACACGCUAGCGGUCAGGAGGAUCCUGGCCUGGGCACGGCAGCUGGUGGACGCCAAGAAGGAGGAUGGCUUCACGGCGGUGCACCUGGCCGCCCUCAACAACCACCGGGAGGUGGCCCAGAUUCUCAUCCAAGAGGGCCGCUGUGAUGUGAACGUUCGAAACCGUAAGCUCCAGUCCCCGCUGCACCUGGCCGUGCAGCAGGCCCACGUGGGGCUGGUGCCGCUGCUGGUGGACGCUGGCUGCAGUGUCAACGCUGAGGACGAGGAGGGGGACACGGCUCUGCACGUGGCCCUGCGGCGGCACCAGCUGCAGCCCCUGGCGGCUGACGGGCCCCGGGGGGACCCGGGGACUCUGCAGCUGCUGUCCAGGCUGCAGGCCUCGGGCCUCCCGGCCAGCGCAGAACUGACGGUGGGCGCCGCAAUUGCCUGCUUCCUGGCGCUGGAGGGCGCGGACGUGAGCUACGCCAACCACCGCGGCCGCUCCCCGCUGGACUUGGCUGUGGAGGGCCGAGUUCUCAAGGCCUUACAGGGCUGUGCCCAGCGCUUCCGGGAGCGGCAGGCGGGCGGGGGCGCGGCACCAGACCCCAGGCUGGUGCUCAGCACCCCCAGCACCACGUCCAACCUGCACGUGGCCGUGCCUGCGGGGCCGGAGGCGGCCGAAUGCCUGGUGUGCUCUGAGCUGGCGCUGCUGGUGCUGUUCUCGCCGUGCCAGCACCGCACGGUGUGCGAGGAAUGCGCGCGCAGGAUGAAGAAGUGCAUCAGGUGCCAGGUGCUCAUCAGCAAGAAGCUGCGGCCAGACGGCACGGAGGUGGCCAGCACGGCCCUCGCGCCCGGCCCGCCGCGGCAGCUGGUGGAGGAGCUGCAGAGCCGCUACCGGCAGAUGGAGGAGCGCAUCACCUGCCCCAUCUGCAUCGACAGCCACAUCCGCCUCGUGUUCCAGUGCGGCCACGGCGCCUGCGCGCCCUGCGGCGCCGCCCUCAGCGCCUGUCCCAUCUGCCGCCAGCCCAUCCGCGACCGCAUCCAGAUCUUCGUAUAGCCGCGCCCCUCUCUCCUGCUCCGGGCCCGUCCACCAUCGCCCUCGAGAGCCCCCCGCCCCGUGUUUUAUAAAAAGAU